GUUAUUAAAUGCCAAAGUUGAUGUUAUUUUUUUUUGGAAUUAAAAAAUGUUUUCAAUAAAUUCUUUUAAAAAUGCUUUAAAAUGUAAGAGGUUUGUAAAUUUUUGUUUGAUCCGUAUGCGCAGUGAUCUAAAGGAAAUAACACACACAGGACAAAUAUGGGCAGAGGAUGACUACCGCAAUGUACGCUUUAUGAACGCUAAACGUUGGGUCAACAAAAACUGGGGCGUUAAAUUGGCUCAUCAAAUCGAAACUAUAAUAACUCCUAAACGUGUAGUUUAUUGUGAUGGCGAUGGUCCACUCGGUCAUCCAAGGGUCUACAUAUGUUUGGAUAAACCUACUAAGCAUUGGUGUCAUUAUUGUUUGAAAUCUUUUGUAAAAACUGAACAUGCGGCCGCGGUACUUGGGAAGACGCCUAAGAAGUGAAUAAAAAAUUCAUCUUGUAACGUAACCCUUUUUACAACCUAUCUACAUAUUUGUCUGAUUAAUUUAUAAGUACUACUAAUACAAGAACUUUAUAUAUUCAUAUACAUAUUUUUAUAUUUAGAGGAAAUAAACCCCGCAAAUAAAAAAAUAUAUAUACAUAUAUAAAACAAUUUUAAUUGCACAUGUAAGUAGGUAAUAUAUAUUUCAAGUGGUUUUAAGUAAAUACAAAUAGCUGUAUGUUAAAUUAUAUUUGCAACAAUAUUAAUGUAUGUAUGUAGAAUACUCAAAGAUGGUUUACGAAUUACCAAAUCAGAUAUGACAUACAAAUUAAAAAAAAAAAAAAAAAAAAAAAAAAAAA